AUGCUCCAGUUGAGAACAAUAGAUUAUGUGAAAGCUAAUGUCUGCUAUUGGUUACUCAGGCUGGUCCUAGUUAGUGGCCUGAAGUGGGUGGAUGACGUCAUUGCCAAUGCUCCUUAUGCAAUUACGGCAGAGUUUAUGAACUGUCUGUUCAACGAGCAUAAGAUUGACUACAUUAUACACGGUGAUGAUCCUUGCCUACUUCCAGAUGGAACUGAUGCUUAUGCCUUGGCCAAAAAUGCUGGUCGUUACAAGCAGAUCAAACGCACUGAAGGGGUCUCCAGCACAGAUAUUGUAGGUACUAAUUCUUACCUUAUAUCAUACUUCCUUUGUAAACAAUAUUCAAUUUUGACUGGACCAAGAAGCAUGACUUCUAGAUAUAAGGUUUACUUUUGGUAG